AUGCCAUAUCAUUCUGAACCGGAGGGAAGACGACCGCGGUGGAAGUUUUGGCGAAGCAGGACCGGCGAGACUUCUCAUCCCAGCUCAGCGACAAAACAGAGCAGCAGCCGGAGCGACGUGAGUUACAGAGACGGGCCACCUAAAAGGCUAGACGACCAAACCUUCGAGAACGCCAGCCUGCCGGGACAGCUUAUCACCAACAGCUCCGACGCCUCAAGCGAGCUCAAGGAGUCCAUCGCCUCCCCGAGCCUCAACCCGCGGUCACUGAGCAACUCAUCAAUAGCACCAGUAGAGCACACCAAGUCAACAUCAACAUCAACAUCCAGCCCCGUCGUCACGCGGGAGACGCACACCGACCCCGUCACAGGCGAGCUAACCAUCACGAUGACGACCACGAUAGUAACGACAACAACGACCAAGCGCAUCAUCAAGGUCCCCCCAGCGACACAGGAUGAAGUCGACCUGGACGAGGAGCGGCGCCUCGCGGCAGAGUACCUCGCGUCCAACGGCCUGAACAGCCCGCGGGACCACCCCGGCCUGCACCCGGCGCCCAGGCGGAGCGAGAGCCAUUCUAACCUCAUCGGCCGCUCGGCCGAGCAGUCGUUUGGGGCGAGGCCCAAGGUCGCUGAUAGGUCGUACUCGAUGGGGUCGCGGACGGGGCCGCCGCCGAGUCUCAACAACAACGCGCGGAAUUUCUCGAGGCCGGGGCCGAGGCAGGCGGGUGAGGAGGCGCAGACGCGGUUGAGUUUGGAUGCGAGGCGGGGGCUGAAGCGGGCGGAGUCGAUGAGGUCUAAGUCUCUGAUCCUGAGGAAGCCGGACCCAACGCCCGCCGUGCACAACCAACACCCCAUGCCGGAUCACGACCACCAGCAGAAUCACUCACACUCAAGAGACACCAUAGCCCUCCAGAACACACGAACGCGGCCCCACACGAGGGAUGGGGGCGAAAAAUGGACCGGGAGUCAACGUCACUUGACGUUCCACAAGCCACGGAGCCUGUACCCGGCGUCGCCCCCAAUCGACGAGACGGAGCUGAGUCCCAGGCGAGGCAGCUGGGGCACGUUCGGCGGGCAGGGAGGGAUGAAGCAGCAGCAGCGGCAGCAGGUGACGAACAACUUCAUCCUGGGGAUACCGAGCACUGGGGGCCAGCUGGGGAACAUGUUUUGA